UUUGCAGCUGAGUGCGCGUCGUUCUCGGUUGCCGGGUGAUCGGCCUCCGACCUCCCGCGCCAUGGACGCCCUGGCCCCCGGAGACCCCAAGCUUGUGUCCAUGAUCGUCAAUCACCUCAAGAAUCAGGGCCUCUUUGACCAGUUCCGCCGCGACUGCCUGGCCGACGUGGACACUAAGCCUGCUUACCAGAACUUAAGACAGCGAGUGGAUAAUUUUGUGUCCAACCAUCUUGCAAGUCAUACAUGGAGCCCUCAUCUCAACAAGAAUCAAUUGAGAAACAGUCUUAGACAGAUGGUGCUACAAUCGGGUAUGCUGGAGGUAGGCGUAGACAGAAUAAUUUCUCAAGUUGUGGAUCCAAAGAUCAAUCACAUAUUCCGGCCUCAGGUUGAAAAAGCUGUUCAUGAGUUUUUAGCAACUGUGGAUCAGAAAGAAGAGCCUGCUUCUAUGAACGUUGCACAAAAUUCUGAGAAACAAGAGCCUACCACUUCAGGCCCUUCUAAUUGUCCUAGCACAAGCAAAGCUAAUGAUGCUCUUUCUAUUUUGGAUACAAUAACCUCCCUUAAUCAAGAAGCCAGUGCUUCCAGGAUUACAGCUGAGAAUUCAUUGGGUAAAAUGUGUGAAAAGAUUUCCAAGAAGAUCCCCUUGACAGAAUUCAAAUCUCAAGCUUUUGAUCUUGGAACGGAGAAAGAUCAUGCUAUUGAAGAAACUGAAAAAAUUGCAUUGGAAACCACAACGGAGAUUGGAAAGCUUUAUCCUAAGUCAGAGGGAUCAAUUAAUGUUUUAACAUCUUUGAAGGAUUUUGACGAUAAGCAUGAAAAGGCUGGGCCUGUUGUGGAAAAUUUGGAAGAUGUGAUUGAAAAAAAUGAUAAAAUUGAUAAGAGGGAAAAAGAUGUAACAAAAGCUGAACAACUUGGGUUGUCAAAGAAUGAGAGAAGAGGCAAACGAAAAGACUCUGAAUCUGUCCGACGUGGAUCUGGAACUCUUAAACAGACAGCCAAGGAAAACUUAAAGAAAGAGUAUUUCCUGGAAGAUUCCGAUUUUGAGGGUCUGAGUGACAUUACUGUUAGUUCUGUCCAUACGAGUGACCUUUCCUCCUUUGAGGAAGAUGAUGAUGAAGAGGAGGAGGGUGAAGUUCCAGAUUCUGACAGCACUGAUGAAGUAGAAGAGCAAAGUUCUGAAGAAAAAGAUAUGAAUUUGGAAACAACCAAAGAAGAACAAAAGGAAAUCAAAGCGAAACAUGGACGGCAUCCUUAUGUCCACAAACCGUUUCUUUAUUCAAAGUACUAUAAUGAUUCGGACGAUGAAGAAACUGUGGUUCAACGUCGCCAGUCCAUUGCAAAAGAAAAGGCAGAGCGGUUACUCAGGCGACAGUGGAACAGAGAAAGGGUAGAAGACAAACGCAAACAGUUGGAAAUUGAGAAAGACCAGCUAUCAGAAGAGGUUCAAAGGAAUGAAGAAAAUCUUCAACCACUGGAAAAAAGGAUUAACAGUACUUUAAAUGUUGAAACUAAUUCAAGAAAAAUGCAGCAGCCAACCUCCCUCAUUUCAAAAGUUAGCAAAGCAGCUUUGAAAGAACAAAAAAUCCUGGAGAAAAAAGUGGCACUGAGAAGAAAAAGGAAAGGAGACUUAAGAACCUUAUCGGGGGAAGUUACUCUGCAUCAUGAAGACCGGAAAAGGAAGCGUGAACAGCUAGAAGAAUUUAAGGAAACUCAGCUUAGAACAGAGAACAAAGAAAAGGCUUUUGCUGCAACUACGAAGGAUUCCAAAAAUGCACAGGCUCCAGAUCAGCCACUCAGAUCUGUUCAGAUACUUUCAGAGUUGAAUGGUGAAAACAACAACCAUUUAAAAAUUGAUCAUGAGUCCUGUCGAAAGCAACCAAGAAACAGUGAUUUGGAUAUGAGCGGAUUGGAACCAUCUCGUGUUAAUAAGCUUGAUGACUUUGGAUUAGUAGAAGAAAAUCUUAAAGAUUCAUCGAAGCACAAAAGUGAAAUGAAGCAAGUAAAACAUGGUGAUGGGGAACUGAUGGGAUCUGAAAGUAGCUCUUGGACUUGUGAUAUUGACAUAAAUGAUGAUCAGAAGAUGGGAACUACUUUACACAGUGUCAUAACUAAUUGCCAACAGGUUAUCCAAUCAAGUGACAGCAAAGAUCUGCCUCCUUCAGAUUCUGCAGAAUUACCAAUAUUAGAACAAGGUCAAGAUAUCAAAUCUAGAGAUCACACAAAAAUAAAAGAGGAGAAAGGAAAAGAAAAGAAAUAUAUUGCUGAAGGCUCCUGGACAAAAUCCAGAGAGUAUACACAGGAAAAUACCAAAAGUUACGAGAAAAACAAAGAGAAGAGAAAUGAAUCUGAAUGCCUGCGGUCAAAAUUCAAGGAAAAUAUGCAUGAUGAUGUGAAACCUACUGAAAAAUGUAAAGAGAAACGGAAUGAUUUUGAAAACCCUUGCCUCAAAUUUAAGGAAAGUAUAAAUGAAGAAGGGAAAACCAGAGAAAAGAAAAAUGAGUCAGAACGUGGUCGAACAAAAUCUAGGGAAAAUACCCUUGAUGAUAAAGGCCAUGAGAAAAGUAAAGACAAGAAAUACAUGUCUGAACGCACUCGGUCUUUAUCUGAGGAAAGCUUGCAAGACGACUUGAAAGGCUCUGAAAAAGGCAAAGAAAAGAGAACCGAAUCUGGGAACUCGCGAUCAAAAUCCAGAGAGAAACUGCAUGACGAUACAAGAAGUCAUGAGAAAUUCAAAGAGAAUCAAAAUGAAUCUGGAAUCUCUCAAUCUAAGUCAAGGGAAACUGUACAGGAGGAUGUUAAAAAUAAAGAUAAAAAGAAGAAUUUUGAAAAUGCACGGUCAAGAUCUAAGGAAGAAUUGCAAGAAGAUAAAAGUAGGGAAAAGAGAGUAGAAAAGAGACGAGAAUCUGAAAGCUCAAAAUCCAAGGAAAAGGUUGAUAGCUCUCGGUCAAAAACAAAGGAAAGCGUUGAAUUGUCUCGAUCAAAGUCCAAGGAAGAUAAUGAACAUAAGCAGAAAGUUGUGGAGAAAAGGCACGAUUCUGAAACUGCUCGGUUGAAAUUUAAGGAACAUUCAGAAAUCACUAGAUCAAAAUCCAGGGAAAAAUUGCAGGGAGAUGUUCAAUAUGACGAGAGGGUAGAAAAGAGACGUGAUUCUGAAAACGCUUGGCUUAAAUCUAAGGAUAGUGUUGAUGGCUCUCGAUCAAAAUCCAAGGACAAAGUGCAGGAUACUAUUCAAAAUGAAAAAGGAAUAGAAAAGAAGCAUAGUUCUGAAAACACAGGCCCAAAAUCCAGGGAAUAUUCAGAAAGCUCGCACUCAAAAGUCAAAGAAAAGGUGCGAGAUUCUGCUCAGGGUUCAAUGAAAGGAAAUGACAAGAGGCAUGAUUCUAAGAUAAAACAUUUUGAAAAAUCACAUUCAAGAUCUAAGGAAGAUUUGCAGGUAAAUAAUGCAAAGAAGAUGGAACAAAGGUUUGAUUUUGGAAGUAAUCGGUCGAAGUCUGGGGAACGCUCUGAACAUUCACGGUCAAAAUCUAAGGAGCAUUCAGACAGUUCCCGAUCAAAAUACAAAGAGAGAGUGCAGGAAAAUAUUCAAAACAAUGAAAAAGGAAUGGAUAAGAAACACAAAUAUGAAAACACACUUUCAAAAUCCAUGGAACAUUCUGAAACAUCUCAGUCAAAAUCCAGUGAGAAAGGGAAGGAAAGCAUCAAGGACUAUGAUAAAGGGAAAUUUAAGAAGAGUGAUUUCCAAAAUGUUCAAUCAAAAUCUAAAGAACUUUCUGAAAGCAUGCAAGCAAAGACCAAAGAUAAAGCACAAGGUGAUGAGGAAGGAUCUGAAAAGGGUAAUUUUGAAACAAUUCAGUCAUGUUCCAAGGAUAAAGUGCCAGAUCUGCCUUGUAAUGAGAAAUUAGAAGAAAAAGAGAUCAAGUUGCCAGCUGCUUUAUCCAAGCCUGAAACAGAUCAUGAAGAUGAACAAAGCAGAGACCAGAGUAAUGAGCUGAAAAAUGUGGCAGAGUAUGUGGAGGAGGUGGAAAUGACCAAAAUUAAUGAAAUGCAAGAGAGUCAUAAAGUGGAGUUUGGUCAGUCAGGAUCCAAAGCUGACCUGCAUACAAAUGAAGAAAUUAUAGAAGGAAAAAGAGAUAUUGUACAUUCUGAGUUAAAGGAAUGGCAUUUAGGAGAAAAUGAAACAAAUAGUACGGAAGAAAAAUCUGAAAAUGCAUUCUUAAAGUCAAGUGAAAAAUUUGAAAAUGAUCAGUCUAAUAAUGAAGGAACUGAUAUAGAAAAUUCCCAGUUGCAUUUAAAAGAAAGCAGACUGGAUACUAAGGAAAUUGCACACACUUCUCCAGGAAACAUGGUGCAAAUUGAAAAUCUGAUAAAAUCUGAAGACAAAUUAGAGGAGAGAACAGAAACCUUUGAAAGUGAAAGGAUCAAAGCUGAGCCUAGGGAGAAUUUAAAUUUGGGAGAAAAAGAGCUUGAAACUGAACAAAAUGAGACUGGCAGAUGUAAAAUACCUCUUUCGGUUAAAGAACAAAGUGAAAAGCCAGCUCAUGAACAGUUAGCAAAAUCAAAUGAGAUGAAUGUUCAUCCAAACUUGGAACAGGGAUCUUUACAUAUCCCUUAUGUGGCAGCUUCUCCUGAUGAUCCAACUACUAAAGAUUCUAGUCUUUUUCAUCCAAUUGCUGCUAAAGCACAGUUUGUUUAUUAUGAUCCUUCUUCACCAGCUACUCCAACACUUGAUGAAAAUUUUAGCUACGAGGCACCUUCUAGUGUUUCAGACUCCAGUGUGCCUUCUGUGGAAGGUCCUGGAAAGCAAGAGGCACUCAGUUCUGAAAAUGUUGCCGAGGAAUUGUGUGCUAAAAACCAAGCUGAAGAAAUGGACAUCAAAUGUGAGCCACCAAAAGUAGAGUUGCAAGAGUUGCCAGUUCAGCAGGAUAUUGUGUCAGAAAUAAACACAAGUGCCGUAAAUGAAUUAAAAGAUGAAGAUCUGACUGGGGAAUCUGUCACAGGUGCUAGAGAGCAAAGUUCCACCAAAAACGAAAGAAAGCCCAAGCGCCCAUACACUCCAGUAGAAAAUCCUCCUAAAAGGAGACAUCUUCAUUCAGAGGAGAGAUCUGCUGUAGUGGGUGAACCUGUUGAAGCCACACCAGGUCAAGCACAAGAGGAGGAGGAAAGUCCAACACAAUCGCACGAAAAGACAACAAAAGUUGAAGAUAAAGCAAGAAACCUGACCAGUGAUGUAAGUAGCCAGAAUAAACCAACCACUCGUGCAGCUAAGAAAGUAAGCAGUCCUGAGCAUUUGUCUGUAACUGAGCAAGAAAAGCGUUCACUGACUUCCACGAAAGACAAACCAACAACUGAUUUAAAGUCGGGAAAAUCUCCAGCGCCAGUAUCAGUUACAAGAUCAAGAAAUCAACCAUCUCCUGUGAUUAAACAAGGGCGUAAAAGAGAAGCAAGUCCAGAACGCAAAAGACGACAGCAUAAGACUGAAGUGCCACCAAAGAGAACCAGGCGAUAACUCUGAAUGCUUAAUGUUACCACUUGGACUCUACAAAAUUAAAGUGUUGUGUACAUUGUAUAUUAUAAAUGAUAUUUGUUGUAGUAAUCCAAGGGAGAGAAGUCAGUAUUGAUAGGUUAAAACUGUCUGUUUACUGUACUUUUGUGUUGUAUAUGAGAAAUGGCACAAACAUUGUGCUUUUACCUGUUGUAACUUGCAAUUUUAAGUACGGUUUUCAUUCUAUGAAUGUGUUUUAUUUUUACCAAAUUCUAUUUAAUAAAAUUGUUUGCUGAAAGUAAGCAACUGAGGAUGCAGCUAUUCACAGUAUAAUUUUGUACAUUGUUAAUGUACAUUCCUUGAUGUUCCAUUUGUUAUAUUCUUGGAGUGAGUGACCAAACUAUUUUGUACUUGUACACAACUUAUUGAGCAUGUUCAAUUUGUUUAUAAUAAAAUUGUAUCCAUAUGAUGCUUUAUCAUGUAGAAAUACCUGGAGUCACUUGACAACAAAAUCUUCAAGAUCCAUUCACUGUUAUUCCAAUGAAGAACAAAUUUGGAUAUGAAAACUUUCAUCAUCUACUAUAGUUCUUGUCUGCAUGUCUGACUGUCACACUACAGACAUUAAACCUCAUUAAUUAACAAUAUUGGAAUUUGCUCAUCGGGACUUAAGAUUUGGUGUGUAUUUUCCAAUCUUGAUAAGUUUCUUCAUUGAAAACUUAAUUUGGCUUUCAAAAUUAUAUUCUAAGGAGAGUGAUAGCUCACUGCUUUUGUCCAAAAAUAGUAUUUUAUCAUAAUUUUAUCUAUUAAAAUAGUUUACUGUAAGUAAGGCUUGUCCUUUUUAAAUAGCCUAUAAAUUCAACUAUAAAGUUUGUCCAAUGGUGUUUUAUGGAGAAAUAUAAAUAUAUUUUGAUGAGAUGUUCAUAAUGUCAAAACUUGUUGGAUCAGGCCAGUGUAAACAAAAACACUUUAUACCAAAGCAGUGUUUUUAUCUGUAUUUUACAAUAUCUGUAAGAAAGGGACUUUUUUAUUUAUCUUAAGUUAAUCUAAUUCUUAAUAUUUUAUAUUAAUAGCAAUUACCUUUCCAUAAGAAUGGAGAACUUUCUUAUUGAAAGGAAGAAAACGGAGCAUCAGUCUGAAGAAUUUUUGGGAAGUUUCCAAUGUAAUGUACAAAACCUACUUUAAGGCUUAAACCCAGGCAUGUCUCCAAUCAACAUUCAAAUUAUGAAUGAUUAAAUUUAAAUGAGUAGCAUAAAUUUGUAUCUCUUUUCCUGCCUGCUCUUCUCCCUCCCCCCCAGCCCCGACACACACAAGAAGUUUUCUUUGCUCAAGGAAUAAAGGAUAAAAACAAAUUCUGACAAUCCUCAUCUUCUGCUGCAUUCUUUUUUGCUAGUUGACCUAAAAAUUUAUAAAAUCUCAGCCAAGCAUUAAUGUUUUUCAAGAUUGGGAAUUUGUGUUUCAAAGUUGUGUAUUUAAUGAUUUAAUAAAACUGCAAACAAUUUUUUAUUGGUGAAAUAAAGUAUAGCUAGUUGAUCUGGCUGGAAUCUAUCAAUUUUCACCUGAUCUAUUUUGGAGUGAUUUACAGUGGCCAGUUAACCUACCCACCUACACAUUAUUGGGAUGAGAGGGGAAACCUCUGGGGUCGCAAUGAGAAUGUGUAUACUCCACCUAGCCA